AUGACUUCCAUAAGGUUCAUUUUGGGUACAGCAGUGAAGCAAGGAUGGGGUCUCUAUCAAUUAGAUGUAAAUAAUGCGUUUUUGCAUAGAAACCUUGAUGAAAAGGUCUAUAUGAAGUUUCCUGCUGGGGUCACUCCACCUAGCCCUAUGCAUACAGAUUCUUCCAUUUCUAUUGUUGUUGUAUAUGUAGACGACAUCUUGUUAACAGGAAAUGACAAUGCUGAAUUAUGUGCCUUGAAAGACUUCCUAAAUCAGGAAUUCAAAAUUAAGGACCUUGGUGACUUAUAUUUCUUUCUGGGAAUGGAGGUAUUGCGUGAGCCAUAUGGAUUGAUCUUGUGUCAGCAGAAGUUCACCAUAGAUUUGUUAGCAGAAUUUGAUUGCUUGCAUUUGACCACAGUAUCUUCACCCGUUGAUCCAUCAGUCAAAUUGCUUGCUAAAACAGGGGAACCUCUGCAUGAUCCAACACUGUAUCGUCACCUCUUAGGCAAGUUGAACUACCUAACUCACACAAGAGCGGAUCUUUGCUUCACCGUUCAGCAUUUAAGCCAAAACAUGCAGGAUCCUCGAGCUCCUCAUCUUGCUGCAGCAUUUCGAGUUCUUCACUAUCUUCUCAAGGAUCCAGGUCUUGGACUCUUUAUGUCACCUUCGUCAUCAUUUCAACUUCUGGCUUUCUGCGACUCCGAUUGGAGAACUUGCCCAGAUUCACGGAGGUCUGUGAGAGGGUUCUACAUCUCCCUUGGUUCAUCUCCAAUUUCUUCGAAAUUCAAGAAACAAUAUGCCAUUUCUCUUAGAUCUGCCGAAGCCGAAUAUCGCUCUAUGCGACGAGUUGUAGCGGAAUUAACUUGGCUGGUCCGUCUCUUUGACGAUCCCUCUAUUCCAAUUUCACUCCCAGUUCCUCUUCAUUCGGAUAGCCAAGCUGCGAUUCACAUCGCUAAGAACCCCGUGUUUCAUGAAAGAACGAAGCAUGUGGAGAUCGACUGCCAUUUUGUUCGCCAACAGUUCCUAGCCGGCUUGAUUUCUUUGUCUUAUGUCCGAUCUGCUUCUCAGUUGGCAGAUCUAUUUACUAAAUCCCUAACUGGGCCUUUGCAUCAUAAUCUUCUACGCAAGUUGGGGGUUUCUUCAUCCCCAUCCAACUUGAGGAGGGGUGUUUGA